AUGAGUGGAAAUUCGGCUCUGUUCGUACUAGCACAGGCCCUCUUCAUAUCCCGCUGCUUCUCUGAAUGCGUUGCCGUCCUAGAACGAAGCAUGUCACGCCGACGAGGAAGUCAUUGGGGCCAUGAGUCUUCCAGAUAUGUUAAACACCUGGAACUGAAACAAUACGCAGAGCGUGCUUUGCGCCAUGAAGAAAGAUAUCUCGAAAAGGAUGAUAGCUGGAGAGAUUCUACUGAGGAGGAACAACAUGCCAUGCUCGGCAAGGGAGACAUCAGAGUUGUGCCGUAUCCCUGGAUCCCCAAGACACUGUUUCGCCGAAGCGAGUCGGCCAUUUCACGAGCCAACAAGACUCUACAAGACUACAGCCAAGACUCUCUCGUCAUCCGAACGAGCAGCUUGUCCGUUCCUUUGCGUAGCUCUGGUCAGAUCCAACACGGCCAAGAUGCUUACGGCAUCUUCGCAAUGAGAGAUCUUCCCGCCAACACGAAGCUUUUCUUGGACAAGACAAUCCUGUGUGCCAGUAACGGGUCGGCUCAAUGUACAGCGUGCUGUGCCGAUCUCAGCCGAGGUGCAAGCCGAUUUCAGGGGAAACGGUACUGCGAUCGAAACUGCUUCCGGGACCUUCAGGCUGCGUGCGGUGUUGGAGCGCUUUCCAGGCACGGCCAAGGCCGGCAAGCAACGAGGUUUAGGAUGAACGGCUUUCAACCACUCCUCCCGGAUUCUGGCUUCAAGUCUGUGGUCAACGAAGAGCACUUGCUGUUUCAGCGAGCGGUGGAAGUGGCAUUUCAUUCGACCAAGAGACAUCCUGGCCAACACCCUUUGCAAGCUCGAAUGCUCCGUCUUCUCACAGCACGCUAUCACCAUGGCAAUCAGGCAACGAGGAGAUACUCGUAUGCUGAAGAUGUCUGCCGCCGAAUUGAAUUUCUGCAGCAGCUCGGUGUUGACAUCUUCCAAGACGAGCUGGGGGAAGCCUGGGUCCUUGAGACUCUUGCCAACCGGAUCCAAACCAACUUUCGAGGCUACAGGGGGAAGCAUGGGGACGAAGUGGUUGCCGUGAACACCAUGUAUGCUUUCUUCAACCACAGCUGCGUGCCGAACGUAACCACCAGCCAUUCGAGGAAAGAAAAUAGUGCGAUUUGCAUGACGACGACGAGGAGGAUCGCACGUGGUGAGGAGCUAUACAUCAACUAUCUCUCUGACGAAGACUUGGACGAGAGCCAUGAUGUGAGGGAGGAGAAGUUGCAGGACUGGACUGGUGGAAUGUGUCUGUGUGUAAAGUGUACUCGGGAGAGAAACCGGAGACGAUGGUCGCUGCGUUUUCAUGACGACGAGGGAUAG